GGUCCGCAGAAUGGUCAGUGAGCGAAGAACCGUCGUCGAGUGUACUCAUAGUUUGAACGUCGUCCCGAGUAUUCUGAAAAUUAUUCGAGCCUUCGUUCUUUGCAAAACAAAACUUAAACGAAAAACAAAUUAAGAUGUAUAAUGAGAAUAUAAAUAAUAAUUUUACGGGGAUCAGUUUAUUGUUCACGCUCUCGUUUUUUCUAAUAGUAAUUCAACUAGUCAAUGGAAAUUAUUUAGGAAAAUCACAUACUACUGAAUUUACUGCCGAACAAACGAAUUUCUUUUCGAAAAUUAAUACCCAGCUGGAUAAUGUCAGCGCGGAUUCAAUUUACACCAAUGAAAACGGAAGUUUCGAAAAUACAAGAGGGGAAUUUUUCCCGCCUUACAGAAGACGCAGCAAGUCCACGAUUUUCAAAACCAUAAAUGAAUCAGAAGCCGAUUUUUCCAAUGCAGUGGAAGAAAAAAAGGAAAAUUUGAAGUCGAUGAAGAACGAAACUUCGACUAUUGCUACUUGGUUAGCAGAAUUUCGCGGUAUUUCGUUCGGAGGAAUAGUAGAAACUAUUUUCAACGUAGUUACUACCGGUAUAAGUUCGAUAGUUACGCAUGUUCUUGGAGAAUCUAAAAACGGUGGAAAAUCACGAGGUAAUCGAGUCAAUUAUAAGGGGUAUCAACUUCUCAGAAUAACUCCAACAACCGAUACACAAGUCACCGAAUUAAUCGAUAUGGUAGACACUAAUGACGACGGAUUGAAAUUCUGGACACCUCCGCUAAAAAACAGAUCAACCGACGUCAUAGUUUCGCCAGAUAUGGUGAGCGAGAUGAAAGAUUUUUUAAAGGAACAAAAAUUCGGAUUCAAAGUCUUACUCACUGACCUGCAGAAAACCAUCUCGUACCAAAAUCCGAAAAUGUCGAAGGAACAGAGGGCAGAUUUAGUCACGAGUCAAGGUCAUUCAAUGACUUGGAAACGGUACCACAGAUACGCAGAUAUCAUGAGGUACUUGGAAUAUCUAGCUUUUACUUAUCCCAGUUUAGUCGAGCUAGAAACAAUUGGAAACAGUUACGAAGGUCUUCCGAUAAAACUCGCUAAAAUAUCAACCGGAUUGGCCAAAAAUGGGGAAAGUAAACCGGUUGUGUGGAUAGACAGUGGAAUGCACGCGAGAGAAUGGAUAGGUCCUGCGGUCGCGACUUACAUCCUGAAUCAGUUGGUUGAAAAAAAUACGACUUAUCUAAAACUACUCGAUAGUUCAGACUUUAUGAUUUUGCCCAUCCUAAAUCCGGAUGGUUACGAAUUCAGCCAUACGGCAGAUCGCCUUUGGCGAAAAACAAGAAGCAGUCACGCUGCAUCAGAUGAUUCAGAAAACGAGGCGAGAUCCGGUCCAUUGGGACUUUUUCAUUUGCUGUCUCAUUACACGAGAUGGUUUUUUUACCGGUGUGAGGGCGUUGACCCUAAUAGAAAUUUCGGAUAUCAUUGGGGCGAAAAAGAAAGCGGAGCAGCCAGCACCGAUCCUUGCCAUGAAACUUAUGCUGGUCCGAACGCUUUUUCCGAACCGGAAACUCGAGCCAUGGCUGAAUACAUUUUAGCUAAUCGACAGCGAAUCAAGAUGUAUCUGACGUUGCACUCUUAUUCGCAAAUGUUGCUGAUUCCUUGGGGGUACACAAGAUCUCGUCCAUCGGAUUUUGAUGAGUUAGAAAAUGUUGCCAGAAAAGCUACAAACGCAAUGUUAAAAGUGCAUGGAACUGAAUAUCAGGUUGGAGCAUCACCAGAUCUUCUUUAUCCCACAUCAGGCGGAUCGGACGACUGGGCAAAGGGGAUCGCUGGCAUAAAAUACGCUUAUACUUUGGAACUUCGAGAUCGUGGUAUUUAUGGUUUUCUUUUACCGGCCAGACAAAUUGUUCCGACUGCCAGAGAAACUUGGGCCGGUAUUCGAACGAUCACGCGACUCGUAACUUCUAACACCUGAUAAGAAAAAAUAAAAUAAAAUAAUU